CAUAGAAGCCGGAAGUGACGUGUUUGACAAGCUAACGCGGUUGUCUUCUUUGAAAGAGGCUGUUGAGUCGUCGGAACAACACAUUUACAAAUAAAACAGACACGUAGCUACGAUAAGUCACAGCUGACAAUUGUAAGGACACCAUUUUACACCGCAGUCUCCAUGGGGAGUGCAACGAGAGAGAGGCAGGUCGUUAUUGCGUUGGACUAGUUAACUGUAAGGUUGCAAGAUUGGAUCCCCCGAGCUGACAAGGUCCCAUAUGGCUACACCCUUACCUCAAAAGGGGCCUGGUCUGGCUGGUAUGCUCUCCCAGCAGCAGCAGUCCCACCUGCCCCCAGGCUUAGGCCCCGGCCAGCCUGCCAUGCUCCCUCAGGGAGCCCUGAGAGAGAUCUCCCCUGUGUUCCUCUGUCGAAUCGGCCAGGAGACCGUCCAGGACAUCGUCACACGCACCAUGGAGAUCUUCCAGAUCACACGAGCCACACAGUUGCCUAACGGGGUGACCCAGAGCCAGGCUGUGUAUCAGGACCGCUUUGGGAAACUCCAGGAGCACCUCCGUCAGCUGGCCCUGCUUUUUCGCAAGCUCCGCCUUCUCUACGAGCGCUGUGUUGAGAUGACCUCUGACCUGCAGGAAGAACCCUCAGAGCUGGUGCCAUAUGUAAGGGAGGAGAUGGCCCCUGUGAGAGUGGAGCCCUGCAGUCCGGCUGUAAGCCAGGAGAGACUAGAAGUGCUGGAGAAGAUGAGGCAGAAAAACCAGGAGAUGAAGAUUCUGAUGGACCAGAUGAGGAACCUGUUAUGGGACGUCAACGCAAUGCUGACACUCAGGAAAUGAUAUCACAGAUGAACUCUCCCUCACUGCACUUCACGAUGCCCUCCAACUAGGGGCCAUGGGUUUUUCCUGACCCAGAAAACUCUUGGCCCUAGUACCUCCAACCAUUGUUGUACUUGUGUGAGACAGACUGCUAGAAGCUUUUGGUGAUCUACCUUUACAGUAUGGUGCUUUCAGAGACAUUGAAUGAACAGAGUUUACUACAAAUGUUUUGUACUGUCAGUAUCUUUUCUUUUUUUUUUACUCCGAUAUUAUGAGUUCAGACUUGCCAAGCCUCAGGUGAAUUUCCUGCCUUUUUUUGAGUGGUAAGCACUGACUCAGGACCAGCUAAAUAAACUUGAAUUCAGUGUUGUGAAUUUUACUCAGUGCACAAAAGGCUGAUCUAGUAUCAGCAAAAAAAUCAGCCCUUAUUCUUUGUGUCCCAACUAGUGACUGUCACCUGUAAGCGGAGUUGAAGACAAUGGGAUCUCAUCGCCACUGGCAGCUAUUUAUCUCAGGUGUUUGUGUGUUUUAGCAUUAUUCUUGAGGUUAGCUUCCUGAGUGCUGGGCAACACCCCCCUGCUUACCUUAAGGGUUAAGAACAUUGCAUGCCGACUGCUGAGGAAGUGUGAAUCUAUUUUUGUACACUGCGCAUGAUCUCGGAGAAAGCACAAGCAAUAGGUUACUGAGUCUUUUUCUACAAAAUAAAUACAUUGU